AUGGACGAAUACUCUUCGUCCGUCUGCUACACUGAUUUCGAUGAUGAUGGAUUAGAAACAUUCAAACGUUACAAACCACGUAGUCUUGAUGAAUUAGCCAGUCGAACGAAGUUUAGCAAGAAGGAAAUUCAACUGAUUUAUCAAGGUUUUAAACAAGAAUGUCCGUCCGGCAUUGUUAAUGAAGAGACUUUCAAGCACAUUUACGGACAAUUUUUCCCGUUUGCUGAUACCUCCUCCUAUGCUCAUCUUGUUUUUGCUACGUUUGAUUUACGUGCAUCAGGUUGCGUCACAUUCGAAGAUUUUCUCCUCUGUUUAUCGACAUUGUGUCGCGGCUCGAUUGAAGAUCGACUUCGAUGGAUAUUCACGUUAUAUGACACAAAAAAAUCGGGCAAAUUAACGCAAGAAGAUUUCUAUGUAACUAUUCGUGCGGUCUAUUCCUUACUCGGUAAUGUCUCCAGUCCACGUUAUGAUCUGGACACCAUUCGCGAACACACAGCUUCUGUCUUUCAACGAUUUGACAAACUACAUCAUGGAUAUAUCACCAUGCAAGAUUUCAUGUCAUUUUGCUUAAGUGAUCAGACAAUGGUUCAAUCAAUUGAUGGUUUACGAACGACGGUGUGA